AUGGCUAAGGCGCCGGCCGAAAGGAGCCGAAUCGAUGUGAUCGUGCGCAAAAGGCCCCUCAGCGAAUUAGAAAAGGCUCGGGGGGAAACCGACGUGGUCCUCUGCAACAACACGACGGCGAUCAUCGAGGAACUCAAGCUGCGUAUCGACGGAUCGACUUACAUCGACCACUAUGAGUUUCGUGUGGAUCGAUUUUACGAUGAACAUGCCGACAAUGAGCUUAUUUAUCAGGAGUAUGUGAAGCCGCUGGUUGAGUUCGCCUUCAAAGAGCAGAAAACAUGCUCUUGCUUCACGUACGGUCAAACCGGCAGCGGCAAAACGUUCACUAUGAUAGGAUCGCGCAAGUUAAAGAACCCUAAUAUGCCCUAUAUGCCCGGCAUUUACGAAUACGCCGCUAACGACAUCUAUCGCAUGCUGUGUGAGCCUGAAUACGACGGGAGACUGGAAGUCGUAAUCAGCUUCUACGAAAUAUACUGUGGCAAACUCUACGACCUUCUCCAGGACAGGAAAAUGGUGGAGGCGUUGGAUAACGGCAAACGCGAAGUAAUCAUCAAGGAUCUUACGUUACGCCGAGUCACGUGUAAGGAGGACCUUAUUGGCCAUAUGCUGGGCGGACUGACAUUGCGGAAAAUUGGCCAGAACUCGCAAAAUGACCAAUCUUCGAGAUCCCACGCACUUCUGCGAAUCGAGUUACGCGAAAUAGAAACUUUGAAGAAUUGCGGUAAGUUCCAAUUCGUAGGGAGUGACAGCCGUGCAGGACGGAUCGCUUUUAUAGACCUUGCUGGGAGCGAGAGGGGCGCUGACUGCAUCAACCAGCCAAAGCAAACUCAGAUGGAUGGCGCUGGUAUCAACAGGUCGCUGUUGGCUCUAAAGGAGUGUAUCAGGGCCAUGGACCUGGAUAAGACACACAUACCUUUCAGGGACAGCGAGCUGACAAAGGUACUCCGGGAUAUCUUUGUCGGGGGCAGCAGGAAUCUCAUGAUCGCAAACAUAUGUCCGAGCAAUGUCAGCUGUGAGCAGACGCUAAAUACGCUCAGAUACGCCUCACGUGUGAAAAACUUCAGGCAACCACAAACCACGGGGUCGAGUAGCGCUGGUGAAACAGAGCAUGAGUCAGGCAACGUGUAUAGGACGCACGUGAGCAUACCAACCUAUGACAGCAGCAGGAGGUUAAGGUCUGACGCAAGCGAGUCCGCUAGUGGGACGUCGCUCUCUGUUUCACCACGCUUGAAAAACAUGGGGCUCAUAGGUUCGAAACUGACAAACGCAUCGCAAAAACUGAACAAAUCUCGCACUAUGGGCCCACCUUUGAGUAGUCGAAGUGUUGUGUCUAGAAAAAUUAGUGACAUCACUUCACCAAGAGAAACGAUCAGAUCGGCACGCGAGGCUAACAUACAACCCUACAGCCGCAGUAGAGCUUCCAAUCUGCCAGACCCAUUUGGUCGUGUUUCGCAGCUUAUGAAAUCGCAGAAACAAACGACGCCUCCGGUGGAAACCGUGCUGGAUGAUAUUACAUUGGAUCCCUUGAACCAGAAUCUAUAUGAAAACAUAUGCCAUUCUUUGGAUUUAAAUGCUACUACUUCUAAUUCAAGCUUUGAUGCAGACACGAAAACAAGAAUCGACAAAUCGAUCGAUGCGCUUAAAAAGGCUGAGCAGAUAUACAAUCAUAUUGCUCUGAAAAUGAUGGCUGUGAACGGAGACCCAGAAGUGUCGACGUACCCAGAAUUCAUUAAAACCAAAAUCAAGAUGCAAGUGAAACCAUUGCUGUUUCUUAAGCAGGCAGUGGAGGAGCACAAUAAUUUACUGCGACUGGAUAGCAGUAUACCUGGUAUCGAUCCGUGA